UGCGGGUGACUGCACAAUCUCCAGAACGACGGAAUGUUGAGAGAUAUUGUUUAGCGUAUAAGAUUUCAAGCAGUACGAUUUUAAUACAUGUUGUUAUGAGGCUCUCCUGAUAGAGUCGCCGUCGCAUUUAAACAAUUCAACACAUUUAUAUAUUACCAUGCACAUGUUUUGAUAUGCUUUUAUGAAGGGAAACACACUGCGAAGCAAAUACAUUUUUCCCAUACGGUUGUGUGAUUUCCACAAAAUGGAAUCUGACUCUGUAGCAGAACCGAACACGUGUCUGCAGCCUCUCUCUUCCUUCCUGUACGUGUGCUCCCUCGUCAUGUGACAGUAGUCUCUGAGUCACUCGGAGCGACUUCAACGCCGUGAUGUUUCAGCUGUUUACAUCCGUGGAAACAGAAGCGCGCUAAAGUCGAAGCACAGCUGUCAGAGAGACGGAGUGUAUUUUGAAUUCAAAGCAGAGCUCUGAGCGUGUUUCUGGGAUGUGUGGCCGCACGGCGUGCACGCUGGCCCCGGUCGAGGUGAGCAGCGCCUGUGCUUAUCGUGACCGGCACGGCAGGAUCAGACGCCCGGCCUGGAGGGACAGAGACCAAGACAAGUACAGGCCUUCCUACAACAAGAACCCGCAGAGCAACAGCCCUGUGCUGGUCUCUCGCAGGCACUUCAGCAAGGAUGCUGCGAGUGAGGAGCGUGUGAUCGCAGCCAUGCGCUGGGGCCUCGUCCCGUCCUGGUUCCGGGAGAGCGACCCCUCGAAGAUGCAGUACAGCACCAGCAACUGCCGCAGCGACGGGAUGAUGCAGAAAAAGUCCUACAAGGACCCUCUGUUAAGGGGGAAGCGCUGUGUGAUCCUAGCCGACGGCUUCUAUGAGUGGAAGAGGCAGGACAAGGAGAAGCAGCCCUACUUCAUCUACUUCCCCCAAGCCAAGAGGGACGAGGAGGAGCUGCUGGGUGUGGAGGGAGAGGACUCUGAGGAGUGGAGGGGCUGGAGGCUGCUCACAAUGGCCGGCCUGUUCGAUUGCUGGACCCCCCCAGGGGGAGGGGAGCCCCUGUACACCUACACCAUCAUCACUGUGGAGGCCUCCAGGGCAAUGGACUGGGUGCACGACAGAAUGCCUGCCAUCCUGGAUGGGGAGGAGGCAGUCAGACAGUGGCUGGAUUUCGGAGCGGUCAAAUCCCUUGAGGCGAUCAAGCUCAUUCACCCCAUUGAAGCCCUCUGCCUUCACCCGGUCUCCAGCAUCGUCAACAACUGCAGAAACAACACCCCAGAGUGCAUCCAGCCCAUUGAACUGGGGGUGAGGAAGGAAGCAAAGCCGUCCGCCAGCAGUAAAAUGAUGCUGAACUGGUUGAAAACGGAGUCUCCCAAGAAGGAAGGAGACGCCCCAGAGUCUCCGGAGCGUCCACCUAAAAAGCAGCAGGAAGGGGGAGCGAAGAGGGGCAGCGAGGGGCUGAUGCAAGCCUGGCUCAGGAAAGCAGAGAGCUGUGAGCCUGCAAAGAAACCACGAACACACUGACACAGUGCUUGAGCUGUGUGAGCCAGCGCUGGGACCCUGUCUCGGUGUGCUAGAGGACUGUUCUGUCAAAGAGAUCUUGGCAUCUCAGUGAUUAAAGGUUGCACUAUCCAGUAACCAGAGCAGUAAAUACAUGGUAUACUUUUAUUUCUACUGAAUCUGUUAAUUACAUCGUUAAAUGCGUAACUUUUGUUUAUGUAAAGCGAUACAUGGUGUAUAUUUCACGCAUCUACUGUUUGUCAAGACCAGGCUGACUGUAACCUGUUUAAAUUUCAUUGACAAGGUAGGUCUCAUGAAGUCCGUUUCACUUUGUACUCCUUGUCAAAGUGUUGUCAGUUAUGACCACUCAAUAAAACUGAGCAUAAGUUACA